GUACAAAUCAAUUCUAUUAACCUUAAUCACUUUUAUACAAUUAAGAAAAAAGCUCAAUACUUAAAAUAUCAUUGAUAAAAAUCAUUAUCAGAACAUGUUAACAUUCAACUUUGCUUGAUCAUUUUUCUGAAUCAAUUAAACUCCAUUGUAAUAGUAAAAUCAGUUCAUUUCAAAUUCAUAAAAUUUAUAUAUUAAAUUAAGAACAGUUAUUUGAACUUUUCGAUCUUUAUUCAUUAACUCAAAAUGCGAUUGUAAAUGAAUUGAAAUUGAUUUGUGUCAAUUCAUUUACUUGAUUUGAUUAAUCGAUUGCUUCUAUUAUUAUAAUGGUAUAGAAAAUUAACUAAUUAUCAAUUUAUAAAGCUACAUGUUAAAUCAUAUGGCGAUUACUUUAUCUUUUAAUUAAUGAGAUGAUUGAUGAAAUUAUCAUCAGUGACAAAGCUCAAUCAGCAAAUCCUUAAACUUAAUUGUUUGUCCAGAGAAAUUAAGACAAUUCUAUUCCUCGUUAAUAGUGAUUGUUAAUUAAGAUUUUCUCACUCUUAAUUAUUCUCAGUUUUUGAUUGAUUUCUCAGGAAAAUUUAAGAUAAAUUAAUAAUUUAAUUGUGAAUCAAGUUAAACUAAAAGGGUUAUAUUCAAGACAUCCAAGUGAUCAGAAUCAUUUCAACUUUUUUAAUUGAGUUGAUCGGAUUAAGACAGUUGAUAAUUAAACUUAAUAGGUCGGUUUAAGUUCAUUAUUAUCGUCUCGCUAUUCAUUUGUUAUAUUUACCAUGGAUUUGUUAUCGUUAGUGUCUAGUUUUAAAUUUACACCAUUAAGUAUAUUUUGGUCAAUUGUUACAACUUAUCUGGUCUUUAACUUAAUCAACUACUCUAUUUACUUAUAUCGAUUGUCUCAAUUACCAACAUAUCGACCAAUAUGUAAAGUUUAUGAAGUUUUCAUCAGCAUUGCUCGUGGAGAUUCUAAUGUUUUGAGGAUUAUAUUGGAAGAACAUGAAGAUUAUUUCCAAAAGAAUGGAUAUUGUGUCAUUUGGUUCUUGUGUAUUCCAUGCAUUAUGGUUGGUCGAUACGAUAAAGCUCAAGAGACUGUGGGCACGCCUGCGACGUUGGACAAAGGUCAUCCUUUUAAAACGGCUGAAAUUUUCUUUGGUCAAGGGAUAAUCUCUUCUAAAGACGAAAAAUGGAAAUCUCGUCGUCGUUUAGUUCGUCAACAGUUUUCUCCUCUUUCCAUUCCUCAUUAUACAAGUAACAUAAGAUCGCUAUCUGAGUCAGUAAACAAAUCGAUUCAACAAUCAAUCGUAGAUGAGAAGAAAACAGGUAAACCUUUGGAUAUCCGAGGCUUUUUCUCAAUAACAACGAUGAAAAUGAUCUUAGGCAAAGCUUCAGGAGUUGAAUUCGUAGAAAAAGAUUAUAGAUUUUUAAUCAAAGCGAUGGAUAAGUUUCUUCAUCAAGCAGAAAUUCGUAUGAUGUUUCCUCUUUUUUAUACUGAUUUUUUAUACGAAAUUUAUAUAAAAUGGACUGGAACUCGAAGAAUGAUUGAUAAAACUAAUAAGAUACUAGUCUCUGCGAUUAGAAAAAAGUAUAAUCAGAUCAAAGGAGAUCUUCAAGUUCAGUCGAAAUCAGAUGCUGUAGAUUAUGACAAUCCUCGAUUAAUUAACAACAAUAACACCAAUAACAAUUCGAGUGACCUCAUCGAUAGUUCAGAAGAGAGUAAAAGAUCAAAUAGUCUUAGUGAAUUUCUAAUGAGAACUUGGGUUAAACCUGAGACUGGAUUAACUGAGGAAAUUGAAUCGGCCAUUUUGGAAGAGAUCAAAGCAGUUCUAGUCGCUGGUUCUGAUGGACCUGAUAGUCUUAUGACUUGGUUCAUUUAUAUCAUCGGCUGUUAUCCCGAAUAUCAAGAAAUGAUCUAUCAAGAGGUUAAGGAUAUCGAUGUAAAAGAUUGGACACUGGCCGAUGUCAAUAGUUUCCAAUUCUUAGAUCAGUGUUUCAAGGAAGCUACUCGACUCUACACUUCAGUUCCAGUUAAGAUUCGUAAAGCUGAACGCGAUCAAAUCAUGAACGAUGGUAAAGUUAUUCCUAAAGGAUCAUUGAUUCUCGUUAGUUUAAUCAGCAUCUUAAGAGAUUCAAAGAUUUUCCCUCAACCCUUUCAAUAUAAACCUCAACGAUUCGCUCCUGAUGCUACACCUAAAAUUCCCAAUGGUGCUUAUAUCCCAUUCGGAAUCAGACCAAGAGAUUGUAUCGGUCAACGAUUGGCUCCAUUUUAUAUAAAAUUCAUCGUUGGAUCGAUAAUAAAAUCAUUCAAAAUAAAAUCUCAUCGAUAUUGGGAUGAUAUAAGCUACAAGUUCAACUUUGUAUUCAAACCAACGGAUCCAUUACAUGUAACAUUCACACCGAGAUGAGUAAAAAUCAAUUUAAUUCAUA